AUGGCCUCCGAUAGCGCCGAAAGCAACAUGGAUAGAGAAAUGAUUCUCGCCGAUUUCCAGGCUUGCACAGGAAUUGACAACAUUGCUGAGGCUAUUACUCUGUUAGAGCUUAAUAACUGGGAUUUAGUGGCUGCCAUCAAUGGAGUCAUUCCACAGGAGAACGGGAUCCUACAAAGCAAGUUUUCAAGUGAGGGAAGCCAGGCCUCAAUGUACGGACCUCCGAGCCACGCAGAAGCAGCUGACGCCGCAGCCGGAGGCGCCGUUCCCCCUCCAUCCUCAUCAUCUUCGUCCUCCUCUCCCCCGUCAUCCUCUGCUUUAGCAUUCUGCCCCAUCAACAGCUCCUCCAGACACAUUGUAGAGCGACAGCCACGGAUGCUCAACUUCAAGGUGGAGUACAGGCAGCGCUGUGUGGAGCUGGUGCUCGAGGAGGGCAGCACAGUCGGAGAAAUCAAACAAAUCCUGGAGUCAGAGCUCGCCGUUCCAGUAUCCAAAAUGCAGCUGAAGGGAUGGAAGAGCGGCGACGUGUCCGAUAGCACGGUGCUGAAAAGUUUACACCUGCCCAAGAACAACAGCCUUUAUGUCCUGACCCCAGACAUCGCACCUACUGCCAGCACUAGCAAAAACAGUGCUCUUCAGGAUUCGUUAAAUCAGAGCUUCCUGCUGAUCAUCAGCCACCGUGAGGCUCAGAGAGACUACAGCCUCAACUUCCCGGGUUCAAGAACCAUCCAGGAGGUGAAAAGGAACAUUUCAGACUUGACCAACAUCCCAGUUCGGCAUCAGCAGUGGGAGGGAUGGCCUGCUUCUGCUUCGGAUGAUUCUAUGACACUAGCUCUCUCUGGAAUCAGCUAUCCCUGCCAUCACCUCAGCGUUUGUCGAAGAUCCUCACCAGCCAACAUGCAGGAACCCACAGAAGAGUGUGCAGACGUACACAUGAUCAGCGACAGCGAGGGGGACGACUUCGAAGAUGCUUCUGAAUUUGGCGUGGACGAUUCAGAGAUGUUCGGAAUGGGCUCCUCGAGCUGUCGGAAAUCUCCUAUGAUGCCAGAGAAUAGUGAGAAUGAAGCAGAUGCCUUACUUCAUUUUACUGCCGAAUUUUCCUCAAGGUAUGGAGAGACCCACCCGAUGUUCUUCAUAGGAUCUUUGGAGGCAGCGUCUCAAGAGGCCUUCUAUGGCAAAGCCAGAGAUAGAAAGCUGCUGGCUAUCUACCUCCACAACGACGACAGUGUUCUCAGCAAUGUGUUUUGCUCACAAAUGAUGUGCGCCGACUCAAUCGUGUCCUACCUGAGCCAGAACUUCAUCACAUGGGCCUGGGACGUCACUAAAGAAGCUAACAAAGCCAGGUUACUCACCAUGUGCACGAGGCACUUCGGCAGCGUGGUGACACAAACCAUACGGACGUAUAACACAGACCAGUUCCCCCUGCUCCUUAUAGUUAUGGGAAAACGCACAUCCAACGAAGUUCUAAACGUUAUUCAAGGCAAUACGACAGUGGAUGAGCUGAUGAUGAGGUUAAUGGCAGCCAUGGAGAUCUUCACAGCACAACAGCAAGAAGACAUCAAAGAUGAGGAUGAGCGUGAGGCCAGGGAAACGGUGAAGCGGGAGCAGGACGAAGCCUACCGCUUGUCUUUAGAGGCGGACCGUAAAAAGAGAGAAGCACAAGAGCGAGAGGAGGCAGAACAGGUACGCCUGGAGCAGAUGAGAAAAGAACAGGAGGAGGAGAAGGAGGCGAUCCGCUUGUCUUUGGAGCAGGCUUUACCUCCAGAACCAGAGGAAGAAUCAGCAGAGCAGAUCAGCAAGUUGAGAAUCCGGACGCCAAGCGGCGAGUUUUUGGAGAGGCGUUUCCUGAGCAGUUGUAAGCUCCAGGUCCUCUUCGACUUUGUGGCCUCCAAAGGAUAUCCCUUUGAAGAAUUCAAGCUCCUCACCACGUUCCCUCGUAGAAAUAUCACCCAGCUGGAACCGGGCUCGACCCUCAUGGAGGCCAAGUUGUUUCCUCAGGAGACGCUCUUCCUGGAAGCUAAAGAGUAGGAACUGUCAAAGCUGUGACUGAUGAACUGACCGGGCGCACAAACGAGCACGGCCUAUCGCCUUCCAGUCUGGGUCGACACACACACACACAAACACACACGCAUCAUCCAGCGACACACGAGUGACGGUCUGGGCCGGGUCGCGGCUCGCGGGCCUCAGAGGCAGCAUCACAAGCACACCGCCAAACCUUCACCGUCCCCGACGGCCCGUCUCUUCACAGCUCCACGUCCCUAAACUGCUGAGUCACACUUCCCACAAUGCAUCUGCAGACAGCACUGAGAGACUGAGAAGACAAGUCUUUGUCACUAAAGAAAAUUUAAAAAAGAAAUAAAGUAAAACAAACUUUU